UCAUCCCGCAAACGUCGUCAGUUCGCGUCUGUUCUUUGAAGAAGUAACAUCACAAGUAAGCGAUACACUCUUGUCUAAAGUGAUUCGGCUCGUGAUUCUACCACCAGAUAAAGCAAUAUAUCUUAGACGAGACUAAGCACGAUGUUCCUAAAAUUGUCAUUGAAUAUUUUAUUAUAUAUCCUAGUAAUGACAAUGGCUUCCUCUAUCGAAAAUGAGAAAAAUUUGUUGCAUAGUGGGACUACUUUGACUAGCUAUCAUUUGUUGAAUAAUUUUAUAUCGCUUCAUUACAACUUGAAGAUAUCACUGAUGCCUGGUUACGUUUCCCAUGGAGAAUCCAAUAUUACUGUUUAUAUUCGUGGUCCAACACGAGACAUAACAUUACUUACAUCAAAAUAUAUAAAUAUAACAACAGUAAAUUUAAUAUCGGUCAGCAAUAAAAAAAUCUAUAUACCAAAGCGUUCAUAUAGUCGCAAUGAGGAUUACGUCGUUCUUGAUUUUACCUCAUAUUUGUGGCCUAAAAAUAGUUUGGAACUCGGAUUGUAUAUUCUUUAUGUUAAUUUUUCAAACGUUGACACGAAAGAACUUCCGCAAACUUGGUACACAAACAAUAAAGAAAAUAAAAAGUUUAUCGCAACAUUGUUCCAACCCACAAAUAGCCGAUUAUUUCCAUGUUUUUACAUAUCUGAAUUGGUCACCUUUAACAUCUUAGUAGAACAUGAUAGUCGAUUAACGGUUUUAUCGAAUAUGCCGAUAAAAAAUAUGUCUAUAUUUAAUGACGUGACGCUUACACAUUUCCACAUGAGUCCUAUGAUAUAUAUUUAUGAUGUAGCAUUAAUUCUGAUGUCGUCUGAUAUGAAAACUUCUGAUUCCAGCAGAUAUAAUUCUUAUGUCUCCCGUUUUCCGAAAAUUAAAGUCAAUACGUGGAGUAGAUCGCAUUUGGUACCGCACAUGAAAUUUGCGCAACAUGUUCUCGAAAAAAUAACCAAGUAUUUAGAAGACAAUUGGAAAAUCUUCAGGAGAGUCCCUAAAGUGGAUUACAUCGUUAUUCCGAAUUUCGAGGGAAAUAUCAAGCAGACUUGGGGAUUGCUACUUUACAAUGAAACAUAUAUUAUCUACGAUGAAGAAUUAUAUUCUGCUGCGUAUAAAAGUAUAGCAAUGCGCUCAAUUACUCAUGAUAUAAUAUAUCAAUGGUUCGGUAGCCUUUUUUAUCCGUCUUUUUGGUUAAAUCACUGGUGGUUAAAUGAGGGUUUCAUUAAGUUUAUCGAAGAAUAUAUCAUUGAUAAGGUCUUUCCAAGUUCUCGAAUAAUGGACUUGUCCAUAAUUCAAGAUUUGCAUGAAUAUCGUUAUAUGGACAUACACUUUCCUCAAGACAUUUUUGGAAGAUAUAUUAAAGAUACCUUUAAAAUUAAUUCACUUUCUGUUCGUCAACAUAUUACAGGACCCAUUAUAUGGCACAUGUUAGCAAGCGUAAUACCAGACAAUAUGUUUUGGGAAAAUAUCAACACAUUUUUAAACACGGAGUUGAUUUACUUCAAUUCGAGACUUCCCGAUAAUUUAUGGGAUAUUAUGCAGACUACCAUAGAUAAAUUAGCAAUUGAGAAUAAAAUAGAUAUAAAAAAAAUGAUGAAUUUUUUGACUGAACAGAAAUACUGUCCUGUGCUAAAUGUGAUACGAGAUUAUAAUGGAGCUUAUGUGAAUAUAUCAAUAGACAAAAAACAAUUUCUCAAUCAAUCAACUUUUUUUAUACCCAUCACCUACACUACGGAAAUGAACAUCGAUUUCAACACAAAAUUGCCAACGAUUGAGCAUUACUUGACAGAGUCAAAUCCCGAGUUAAAAAUACCCAUUAAAAAUGAAGAUCAAUGGGUCAUUGUCAAUAAACAACAAAUUGGAUAUUAUCGCGUCAAUUAUGAUGCAGAGAAUUGGCAAAGAAUUGCACAUUAUUUGAAAUCUGAAAAUUAUACUAAGAUACAUGUUCUUAAUCGAGCACAAAUUAUCGAUGACGCGUUUCAUCUUGCGAUGGAGAAAAAAUUGAAUUUUUCUAUAUUCUGGGAUAUUGUGGGCUAUUUACCGAGAAGAGAAUUAGAUUACAUAGCAUGGUAUCCUAUGAUCAAAGCUUUUGAAUACUUAUCGAACUUUUUUGCAAUUAUAAAUGUAUAUGACAAGGAUUUUCUUUGGACUGUACUCCAGAGAGCAGCAUUCAAAAUAAGAAACAUGUUAGAACAUGAAAGAGAGUACAUAUAUCCAUAUCUAUAUAGAUACGAGAGUAUACCCCAACAACUGAGACCCGUCGAAAAUGAUUUUGAGAAAUAUUUAAAACUGGACCUUACAAAAUGGGGAUGUGUUAACAAUAAUAGUUUGUGCAUAGCAAUGGCCAAAAAAAAAUUGGAAUUGUAUUUAAAAAAUCAAACAUUAAACAAAAUUUUGCCUGGAUGGGAGGAAUGGACAUUUUGUAAUGGUUUAAAGACAGCAAACGUUAGUAUGUGGUUCGCUGUAUAUUCUAUGGCAUCUAAUAUAUACAAGGAAACUUCCAAUUAUAAAAUGUUGAAAUACCUUGGUUGUUCUGAGAAUCCUAACAUUAUCGUUUUAUAUCUGUGGUCAGUAAUACCGGAACUUAAACAGGCACUGUUAAAAGAGAAUGAUCAUACGAUGCUUACACAAAAAGGCAACGAUAAAAUUAAUUGUUUAAUUACUAAUAUGUUUCUUUCCACUCUUGCGAGACAAGCUAAGAACACUUUAGUACUUAGAGACAUAUUGCCGUCUUAUGACAUAAAUUACAGAAGGAGUCCAGUCAGUAUGGUAACGACAUUAAACGUACUUAUUAAUAAUGUUUAUACCGGUAAACUACUUACCGAGAUACGUGUAUUUGCGAAAAAACAUAUGCCAUCCAUAGAAUAUGAAUAUGUUGAGAAUAAGUUAAAGAUCCGUUCUUAUAAACUGACCGACCAGUUGCAGUUUUUUAACGAUUUGUUCAAAUGAGAGUUUAAAUUAAAAAUUUAAUGCAUUUAUUUGAAUUGUUGUGAAUGCAAUAAAUAUAGCAUAAUAUAUGUAUAUCAACAAAUGCAGCAAUAAUACACAAAUUUA